AUGGGAUCAAUCGCCGAUCCCGGCGAGUUGACUCAGCCGAGCUUCGACGAGUUCCAGAGACAAACCUCUCUCAUGACCAGCUGUACUCUUCUCUGGAAGGAACUCUCCGACCACUUCACUUCUCUAGAACAAGACCUCCAGAAGAAGUUCAAAGCCAACGACACCGUUCCGGAACCCGAGGUUGACGAUUCCGAUGGCUUGCUAAUGAAAUUGAAGUCGUUCUGUGUGAAAAUGGAUUCUCUAGGGUUUUGGAAAUUUGUGGUUGUUCGGAAGAAGGAAUUGGAUAUAAUGAGAACGAAAAUGCCUGUGGCGCUUGGGGAUUGUGUGGAUCCGGCGAGGUUUGUGUUGGAGGCUAUCUCGGAGGUGUUUCCGGUGGAUAAGAGGGAGGUGAAGAUCAAGAGAGUGAAUGAUUUGGGGUGGGCUUGUGUGUUGUUGUUGGAGUCGUUGAUUCCGGUGAUGGAUGUUGGUGACGCCGAGCGUGAAGGAAGGGCUAAGGAGAUUGCUGAGACAUGGAAGAAGAGCUUGGAGGAAAUGGGAGGGAUUGAGAAUGUGAAGACGCCGGAUGUUCAUACGUUUCUGCAACACUUGGUCACCUUUGGGAUUGUUAAGAAAGAGGAUGUGGAGUUGUACAGGAAGCUUGUUGUUGGAUCAGCUUGGAGGAAACAAAUGCCCAAGCUUGCGGUUUCUCUGGGUUUGGGUGAUAAAAUGCCUGGUAUGUUUCCAUUUUUGUUGAUUUGUUUUUUGCUUGAUAAAGGUUUUGUUGUUAGUAGCUUGUAUUUGGAACAUCAUAGAAGACUAGAAAAAGAACACUGA